AUGUCCUCUGCAUCUCCCUGCACACCCAGUGGCAUCAUGACUGCUUGUGAUCCAACUCCGACUUCUCCGGCCCCAGCAUUAGCUUCAGCACCAGCUCCACAAUUCGAUGACUCCACCGUUGGCUGCGACUCCUCAGCCGUAGUCGGCUCCUCCCUUAACACGGUCCAAAUAAUCAUUCGCCAGAACUGCGACUCAUCUGCCGACGUCAAGAAAGACACUGGAGCGCCCAUCGUCGUGACUACUACUGCGGAUGAUCUCAACACAAUUACGCUUCAGGUUGGACGGACCUUCGAAAAUGACAAUUCCAACUUUACAUUGUCAGAUGAAAAUUGCUCUAGCGGCUUCAUGUACGCGAUCACCAAGUGCAGCAACUCAGACCGCCCACUCAUAUCCGGUGGGUCCGCUGCGCCAACCUAUAGCGGGCUUCCGGUCAGCUUCGAGGCCUCAGUUCUAUAUUUGCGCUCAAGAAAGCGCGAUGAUUCCUCGACUGCGAUAUCCAUCGCACUGAAGCCGUUCAGUUCCAGUCUUGGCCCUUCGAGAGCUGUGGUGCCUGCUUCCAGCAUGACUCCAAGUCCUCUCUCGACAGCGACCGAAACCGAUCCCGUACAAGGCCACGGCGAUGCGACGAAUAAGACGGAUCUCAGACGUCGCAACACAACCAACUUCGUCGUCUGCGACACCUCGGGCCCCACCGCGAAACUCAGUGAAAUGCACCAAGUCACCGACACUUUCUGCAACAAGUACAACCGCGCUACCUUGAACAACGAGGAGACUGUCACAGCAACGUAUCUCCUCUCCGGAGGAAACGCACGAGUGUCCGCCAAGAGCUAG